AUGGAGACGAAAAGAGUAUUGUCAUCAUCUGGUUCCAUAGAUUCAAUCAGCCCUCUUCCAGAUGAGUUACUUUCUCAUAUCUUGUCUUUUCUUCCUACUAAACGAGCUGCUUCUACCUCAAUCCUCUCCAAAAGAUGGAGGACUCUCUUUCCACUCAUGAAUCAUCUCUGCGCAUCUCUCUAUUUAGACGACACAGAUUUACUCUAUCCCGAGAGACAGACGGAAGAAGAAUAUUAUGUAAUUCACAAUAGCUUCAGAAAUUUCGUUGAUAAAACACUUUCAGGUUGCAACAACAAUUCCUUGAAGAAAUUCUCACUAACAUAUGAAGAUGAUGAUGUUCAACGCAUGUGUCUUACCACCGGAAUGAUGUCAAAGGCUUUGGAACAAGGCGUUUCGGAUCUUGAACUUUACAUAUACAUGCCUUUGAUGUACGAGCCACCACGUCUUCUUCCUGACACCGUAUUCAUUAACAACACAUUGGUCAAGCUCACUUUAGGAACAGAGCUUUGUCUUGGUAGGUCUCCUUGGGAGAACCUUGAAGAAUUAUACAUACAUCACAUUUACAUUGAAGAUAGAGAUGAAGAAUUCAACAUUCAUACAGCACCUCAUUAUAUAGCCCACAACAUAAAGAAACUCACAGUUUGCUACAAUAACGAUGUUCAGGCUCCUCGCAUUUUGUCAAUCUACACACCAAAUCUUGUUUACCUAGACUACUCUGAUUAUCUAACUUGUUUAUAUAAUUCGGAGAAUCACUUCAAUGAUCUUUUAGAAGCCCGCCUUGAUCUUGCUUUCGCAAGGGCUGGGAGAUGGGGUGAUGAACACGACACCUGUUUAAAAAUCAUGAAUUCUAUCACCAAUGUUCAAAUCCUUCACCUCUCUUGUUUUACUGUUGAGAACUUGGCCACUCUACAUUUUGAGGGUAGUGAGAAAGAAUAUUGGCAAUUGCUUUGCAAUAUGAUUGAAAAAUCUCCAAAGCUAGAAACUCUAGUCCUCGAGGGUUUGUACGGUAUAAGCGACUGUGAGGUUGGAAUUGAUGGUGGGAAUAUGGUGAAGGUGGUUGAGAUACAAGAGUAUAAAGGAAGACUUGAGGAACUGAACCAAGUCAAAUGCUUCUUGAGAGAAAUGGAGAAUCUUGAAGAGGUGAAAGUGAACACUAGUGAUGAGAUCGAGAACAAGUUGCAACUCACAAAUGAUCUUCUUGCUCUUCUUCCUAAACGCUCAUCCAAAUGCAACAUCCAUGUCUUGUGA